AUGGCAUUUAAACAACAAACUUUAACUCCAUCAAAAAACCUUGAAAGCAAUAACCACAACAUUCGUGCAUCUUAUCCUCCGACACGUCGUACUUUUAGAAAUCUAAAGAACUCGACCAACUGUAAAUCUUGUGAUCAAAAUUAUCAGUAUGUUAAUAGUUUGGAGGCGAGGUUGAGAGAUUUGGAUUUAAUUGUCGAUAAACUGAAUGGAGUUAAAGUAACAACAGAAAGUCUUGAAAAAGAGAAACUUGAUUUUUCAAAUCUGGAUAUUGAUGAGCUUUUAAAUAUAUCGCAAAGCCUUCGGCUGUAA